AUGGUUUCGGGUUCAGCAUUUUCGGGUUUGCUGUUAGAGGGGUUGGAUCUUGUGUUGAAGAGAGAGAGAGAGAUGCAACCACCACAUCAGCAUUCACGAAUCAAUCUUGUUGAACUGAAAUCUCAAAUAGUGAGGAAACUUGGACCAGAGAGGUCAAAGCAGUAUUUUUAUUACUUGAAUAGGCUGUUGGGGUUGAAGAUAAGCAAGGCUGAAUUCGAUAAGCUUUGUGUUCGGACUCUCGGGAGAGAGAACAUUUCGCUGCAUAAUCAGUUCAUUCAUUCGAUUUUGAAAAAUGCUUCUAGUGCCAAGGCUCCACCAUCAGCUCGUGAGAAUGAAAUUUUAGUGCACGCUACUGGAGUUGCGAAUAAAGAGCCUGUAGAUGCUGCUGCCAUUGAGCAAAAUGGAGCUUUUCUUGAUCAUCGUAAGGCUGGGGACCAUCACGGUUCACUUGGACUGAAUGGGAAGAUUAUUUCCAGUUCUCAACAAUCAAUACUCGCUGGAUCACGUGAUUUUAAAGUUAUUGAGGAGAAUGGGGAUUACAGGACACCCGAUGUUCAGAAGGCAGGGCAGCAAACGGGGAACAAUGCAGAGGAAUCAGGUCAUGACCCUACGAAAUUUCCAUUAAUAAAGAGACCAUCUUUUGCUCCAGUUUCUGUACAUAGCAAAGACCAAGGCAGAGGUGAAGGAAAAGAAAGCCAUGCUAAGGUCCAACCACAAGCUCCACUCGGGGUUCCAUUUUGCCAAGCUAGUGUGGGUGGUGCACGUAGAGCAUUGCCAUUGGGAACUGGUAGUAAAUGCGUUAGUACUUCUACAAGUGGUACUCUUUUAGACAGUUUAACGCUGAGGGAACGGAUGGAGCAGAUUGCUGUAGCACAUGGCCUUGAAGGGGUGUCUAUGGAUUGCGCCAAUUUAUUGAACAACGGUUUGGAUUCGUACUUAAAAAGUAUAAUUAGGUCUUGUGUUCAACUUGUGGGAGCGAGGUCUGGACACGAGCCAACAAAACCCACCAAGAAGCAUCCAACAUAUGGGAAGCUUGUUAAUGGCGUUGGGCCAGGCCAUAAUUUGCAGUUAAGUAGUUGUAGGCCUUUGGAAGCCAUACAGGAGCAUACACCCCGACCCCGUAACCUAAUCUCAUUGCAAGAUUUUAAGGUUGCCAUGGAGCUGAAUCCCCAGCAACUCGGUGAAGACUGGCCAUUGCUGCUCGAGAAAAUAUGCAUCGAUAUUUCCGAGGCCUUUGUGCAGCUCCUUUCUCUGCUCUUUCUAAGGCCUUUUUGCAACCUUAACGGUACAAUUUUCUUUGGUGGCCUUUCCGACCAGUCUGCAGCUGUUGACAAAAAUCUUGGUUUCUUACAAGCCGGUAGGGGGCAGGGCAGGGUUCUGUUGUCUCAUACUGCUACAGAGCUUGCCAUCAGCUAG